AUCCACUAUCGCAUCAAUCAUUCACUUGAUCAAACAAACCUUUCUUAUGGCAGCCUCUACCUUCACUUUAUUUUCACUACUCUCCCUUCUUCUUAUCCUAGCCACCACAAUCCCAUUAACUCUCUCGGCUCGAACCCUAGUCGAGGAACCAGAACCCACGACCCCCGUGGUUGCACCCGAAGCAGGCGAUGAUGUGACUCCCUUGGGCGCCAUACCACCUAACCCAGCCACUAGUGCUGCAGGAGUGGUACCCGUCGAAGGUCCUGAUCACACACUAACCUUUUUCAUGCAUGACAUUCUCGGCGGGUCCAACCCCUCGGCUAAAGCCGUCACUGGUGCUGUCACUAACCCGGCUGUCAACGGUCAGGUCCCGUUUGCAAAACCAAACGGUGCCAAUCUCCCGGUUAACAAUGGCGUCCCACAAGACGAUGGUAACAAUGGGAUUAUCAACAACAACAACCUCCCAUUCCUAACCGGUCUAGGCGGGACCACCUCGAAUGUUUUCCAAAACAAUAACAAUAACAACAACAAUAACAACAACAACGUGUUUGCAGCCAUUAACGGUGGACAGCUACCUCAAGGUAAUGCUUUACAACAGUUUAUGUUCGGGACAUUGACCGUGAUUGAUGAUGAGUUGACCGAAGGACAUGAGCUGGGGUCGGGUCUGAUUGGAAAGGCUCAAGGGUUCUAUGUAUCAAGCUCAAUAGAUGGAAAGAGUCAGACAAUGGCAUUUAGUGUGAUGUUUAUGCAUGGGAGUUACAUUGAUAGUUUGAGUUUUAUGGGGGUUCACCGGAGUGCGGUUGCGGAGUCUCAGCUGGCGGUUAUGGGUGGAACUGGUAAGUAUGUGAAUGCUAAGGGACAUGCUGUGGUGAAGACAUUUCAGGGUACAAACCAGCAGAACAAUGAUGGCACAGAGACACUGCUUCAAGUUACUGUGUAUCUUGCUUAUUAGUAGUUUGUUUUAAGUUUGUGGGUUUGUUUGUUUGGUUUGUGAUUCUCAUAUUUAUGUGACCUUUAAAAAAUGUUGGUAAAAUUACAAAGAAUUUCUAUUUUUUUUUAUUA